ACACAACACAAUUUCAUUCGAGGAAAUUUUUUUUUAAAUAAAAUAAAAAAAUAAAAAAAAAUUAGCGCCUGUUUGGUUCGAGAGAAAGAGAGAGAGAAAAGGCCGAGAAUGGGUAAGGUAGCAGCAGCAGAGAUGAUGAAGAAGAAGAAGAAGAAAGGGCGUCCCUCUCUCUCCGAUCUCCGUAAACGCAAUCCCAAACAACAGCAACAAACCCUAAUUGAUUCUUUUCCCAAUUUCAACACCCCUAACAACCCUCGAUCCACUCGCCGGAACCCUAAUCUCAACGGAAUCUCUCCGGCGUCGGACGACGGCGACGACGAUGACGACGAGCGCAAGGAGAAAAAGGUCAAGCUUGUGGUCCGUUUGCCCCAUUCCGAUCACCAUUUUCCGCAUCCUAGAUCGUCUUCGAAUUUUGUCUCUGUGAAUUCGACCUCUGAUUCGAAUGCCGAUGGUGAGAAACCCAAGAUCAAUGCCGCCGGUGACAGAUCUAUGGACCUCGUUGCUUCUGAUCAGCAGAUCGAAAUGGUUGAGAAAGCGACGGACACUAUACAUGGGUCGCCUAUGGAGUCUGGCCCCACAACACCUUUGCCACAGAAAAAGUUGUUGCUGUUCAUUCUUGAUAGGCUUCAAAAGAAAGAUAUUUAUAGAGUCUUCUCAGAGCCUGCUGAUCCCAAUGAGCUUCCUGAUUACCAUGAAAUUAUACAACGCCCUAUGGAUUUUGGAACUGUGAGGAGGAAACUAGACGAGGGGUGUUAUUCCAACUUGGACAAAUUUGAGGCAGACGUAUUUUUGAUAUGUUCAAAUGCAAUGGAGUACAAUGCUCCAGACACCAUUUAUUUUCGACAGGCGCGGUCCAUACAAGAGCUGGCAAAAAGGGACUUUGAAAAUUUGAGACAAGUCAAUGAUGAUGGUGAACCACAACCGAAAGUUGUGAGGAGAGGCAGGCCACCUGGCAAGAACUUAAAAUCCUCUCUUGGAAGUCCUCCAUUUGAGCGUGUUGGUCUUGAGUCUUCCUCUGAUGCAACACUUGCUACUGGGGGAGAGAAUGCAAUUGGGUCUAACUCUUACAAUCUUAGAAGAGUACCACCUGUGCCAUUCAGGUUUCGGUCCAAUGAUUCAUUUUUCAGGGCCUCUCACCAAUCUCGCAAUAAUGAUACUUACGUUGACUCAUUAUCUGAAUGGAAUAGUGAAUUUCCAGCUUCUGUUUUGAAGGCUGAGGCAAAAUAUGGGAAGAAACAAUUUUCAUUGGAUGAGAACAGGCGUGGCACCUACCAACAAUUCCAUCCUUCAGCUUUUGGCGACGAGCCAUCUGUAUUAACUAUUUUCAAUGGAGACAUGAAGCAGUUAAUGGGGGUGGGUCUACAUUCGGAGCAUGGUUAUGCAAGAAGCUUAGCUCGAUUCGCUGCAAAUCUGGGGCCAGACGUUUGGAAAUUCACUUCGAAGAAAAUUCAGCGUGUUUUGCCUACUGGGGUAAAGUUUGGUCCUGGAUGGGUAGGAGAAAAUGAGGCAUCAGCACAGCCACUAUCUGCAUUACCUGAGCAGAAUUCGUCAAACAAUGCGGUCCAUGAUGGCCAUCCACUUUCAGCUAUCUCUGGCACAAAUUCUGUUGUCACAUACAGGUCUUCUUUGUCUUCUAAAGGAGAAAUGGUUGAAGCUGUUAGUGGACAAAAUUCUAAUAGCAAUUUAGCAGUUUUGAAGAGUGGUUCUGAUCGGAAUGGUUUCAAUAGUGGGUCAGGACAUGAUCUUUCACCUCAAACAGGGACGAUACCAGUAAGGCUAUCCAUGCCAACUGGACAAUCUGGGUUGGAAGAGGCUUUGGUGCAAUCUCAAAUGCUUGGUGUGGUUUCCAGAAGCAAUACAUCAUCGACUCCAAUGGCAGCAAACCAUAUAAUUUCAGAACCGAAGUUGCCAGGAAGUUCAAGAAGUACACAUAAUGAAAAUGUUUCAUCGCAACAUAGACAGUAUUCUCUUCAGGUUCAACCCGACCUGAAUGUCAGAUUUCAGACACCAGGAUCGCCGAGUUCUUCUAGUUUUCGUAUUGGGUCACCUCAGCAGCCAGAUUUAGCAUUGCAGCUGUGACUUGAGAUUGGUCAUGUGUCUUGUUUGACUUGGGGAGGUUAGAAUUCUUUACUCUCCUCAUGUUUCUUCUUCAAGUCAUCAUAGGAUAGUGUAGUGAGAGAAGAGGUCAUGUACAGAUUGAUGUACCAAUUUAUUAGGUUAAAUCCACAAAAUCUUGAUUUGUGAGAUGUGAAUUGGUUUUAGUGAGAUACUUCAAAUUAGUUCUCAAUAAAAGAGGAAAAGCAGGAAAAGUGUUAUGUCA